GUGACAACAAUCAUUGAGGCCAAACGAGACCUCACAAAUUACACUCUAGAUGAGCUUUUGGGUUCUCUUAUGACUCAUGCAACCAUGAUGAACUUGGAAGAUAAUGGAAGCCGUAAGAAAAAGGACCUUACUUUUAAAAUUUCUACUUCAAGUACAUCAAGUGAAAGUGACGAUGACUCCGAAUCAAGCGGUGAUGAAGAUCUAGCGGUAUCAUUAGAAAGUUAAAAAAGUUCAUGAAAAGAAAAAUGCGAAGGGCAAAAAGAACUUUCAAAAGGGAUGGUUCUAAGGGAGAGCAUAGCAAGAAAAGUGAAAUCGUAUGUUAUGAGUGGAAUAGGUUGAGCCAUUUGAAGACACAAUGUCCCGAAGUCAAAAAAUCAAUGAAAAAGGCAAAAAGAAGAGCUAUGCUUGCUGCAUGGGAUGAAGUUGAUGUGAGUAGUUCCGAAGAAAAUAGUGAGCACGAAAUUGCUAACCUAUGCUUGAUAGCACAUGGUGAGGAAGAGAUUGACGUGCGCUCAAAGGUAAAUGUUAGAAGAUGAUUUUCAGACAACAAGAAA